ACGAGCAACCAAAUUCAAACCUCGAGCAAAAAGCAGUCACUUGCCUUGGCAGUUGCGGUGGCCUGAAGGACCAGAUCUUACUGAUAAUCUCUAAAAUAACUCUGCUCGUGUCGCAGUGCGUCACUGAAGCAACCCAUCAUGAGCGACCGUAUGUAAAUUGCACACAUUCAGUAGUUUUAGCUGUCCUACGCAUUAGAUCCAUGAAGUUGAAGAUCCUCCGACUUUGAAAAAAGCGAUGGAGUUCACCGAAGCUUACAAGCAGACCGGGCCCUGUUGUUUCUCGCCCAAUGCGCGCUACGUCGCCGUCGCCGUCGAUUAUCGCCUCGUCAUUCGGGACACUCUCUCCUUUAAGGUUGUGCAGUUGUAUUCAUGCUUGGACAAGAUAAGCUAUAUUGAAUGGGCUCUUGAUUCUGAAUAUAUUCUUUGUGGUCUCUACAAAAGACCAAUGAUACAGGCAUGGUCAUUGACCCAACCUGAAUGGACAUGCAAGAUAGAUGAAGGUCCUGCCGGUAUCGCUUAUGCUAGGUGGAGCCCAGAUAGCCGUCACAUACUUACAACAUCAGAUUUCCAAUUGCGGUUAACUGUUUGGUCACUAGUGAAUACAGCAUGCGUGCAUGUGCAAUGGCCAAAACAUCCAUCCAAGGGGGUUGCUUUCACCCAAGAUGGUAAAUUUGCUGCAAUAUGCACACGUCGUGAUUGCAAGGACUAUAUUCAUCUGCUGUCUUGUAAUUCAUGGGAGAUAAUGGGUGUUUUUGCUGUUGACACAUUGGACUUGGCUGAUAUUGAAUGGUCACCAGAUGAUAGUGCCAUAGUAAUCUGGGAUUCGCCUCUUGAAUAUAAGGUUCUAAUUUACUCUCCAGAUGGAAGAUGCCUAUUUAAGUAUCAGGCAUAUGAAAGUGGACUGGGUGUAAAGAGUGUUUCAUGGUCUCCUUGUGGUCAGUUUCUAGCUGUCGGUAGUUAUGACCAGAUGUUGCGGGUUUUAAAUCACCUGACUUGGAAAACUUUUGCUGAAUUUAUGCACCUAUCUUCUGUUCGUGGUCCUUGUUGUGCUGCUCUAUUCAAGGAGGUAGAUGAACCAUUGCAACUUGAUAUGUCCGAAUUGUGUUUAAGUGAUGAUUUUACAGAAAACAACAAUGAAGAUGCUUCGGAAGGACACUUCAGAGUCAGGUACGAGGUUAUGGAGUUACCUAUCAGUUUGCCUUUCCAGAAGCCUCCUACGGACAAACCUAACCCCAAACAAGGAAUUGGUCUUAUGUCGUGGAGCAAUGAUAGCCAGUAUAUCUGUACUCGUAACGAUAGCAUGCCAACUGCCCUCUGGAUAUGGGACAUUUGCCGUCUCGAACUUGCUGCAAUCUUAGUGCAGAAAGAGGCAAUUAGAGCAGCAGCUUGGGACCCUUUAUGCACGCGUCUUGUGCUUUGCACCGGAAGCUCUCACUUGUAUAUGUGGACCCCUUCAGGUGCUUACUGUGUGAAUAUUCCGCUACUGCAGUUUACCAUAACCGAUCUGAAAUGGAAUUCAGAUGGUAGCUGUCUUCUCCUCAAGGAUAAGGAGUCAUUCUGCUGUGCUGCUGUGGCUGCACCGCCAGAUUCUAGCGAAUAUGGUUCAGAUGAUUGAGGCUCACUUCUUCCUCUAGAAUAGAUGAACCAGCCACCUAUCCAAUUGAGCUGUUCUGAAUUCUCUCUCUCACACAUUGUAGUUAUGCCCUAAUUCAGAGGUUUUCCAUUUGUUGUAGUUAGGAACACAGUGACAGUGAAUAUGCUAUGAUUUUAAUUUGAAUAUUGAUACCUUUCCUUUAUUCUAUAUCAUAUCAUUCUCUGUUGGAUAUUUAUCAAGUUUGAUUUUGUCGCUCA